AGGCCGGGUCUGAGGAGCGGCCCAGAGCGCAGACGUUGGGCAGGGGGAGGGGCCGGCCCGGCGGGCGGUGGGGACUGGAGCGACGCGGCUCGGCGACAGGCCCCCGCCGCAGGGAUGGGCCGCCGAAGCGGCGGCGGCGGCGGCGGCGGCGGCGGCCCGGAUAAGAUGUUCCAAGUUCCUUGUAGCUCCCUUCGGAAGAAAAUCAGGAGUGCUUCGAGCUCUUGCCAUGAGAACAGCCCUGUCUGACUUUCACGUUGGUGCUGCAGUACUGGAAGACUCGCACACCAGCUCUGGGAGUUUCUCGUUUCCACUGGAGUGGUUUGUUCUCUGUGAAUGGAGAAAGAUUUGAGUCUUAAUUGCCCUGUUUUCACAGUUUUCUCUAUAGCCGAAACUCUAUAGUUGGAACUACUUCCCAAUGAGCUACCCAGCCAGUCCUUGUCAGGAGCUGGCUGAGAACUGUGCAGUACAUGCCCCAGGAAUGGCACAGGAAGAGAGCCAUCGGAGUCAGGCGCCACCGGCCUUCUACCAUGGUGCCAGCCAGGAGCUCGACCUGUCCACCAAAGUGUACAAAAGGGAGUCUGGAAGCCCUUAUUCUGUGCUAGUGGACACCAAGAUGAGCAAACCACAUCUCCACGAGACCGAGGAACAGCCAUAUUUCAGGGAGACAAGGGCGGUGUCUGAUGUGCACACUGUCAAGGAAGACCGGGGGAAUUCUGAUGACACGGAAGAAGAGGAGGAAGUCUCUUACAAAAGGGAGCAGAUCAUAGUGGAGGUAAACCUUAAUAAUCAAACAUUAAAUGUAUCUAAAGGGGAAAAGGGUGUCUCUUCUCAGUCCAAAGAGACUCCUGUUCUUAAGACAAGCAGCGAGGAAGGGGAGGAAGAGAGUGAGGAGGAGGAGGCCACAGACGACAGCAAUGACUACGGAGAGAACGAACCGCAGAAGAAAAAGGAGAAGCGAGUGGAGAAAGCCAGGGUUACACAAAGGCGAACUCGAAGAGCUGCCUCUGCUGCCGCAGCUGCCACUUCCCCUAUACCUCGCACAACCCGGGGCCGUAGGAAGAGUGCAGAGCUACCUAAGCGGAAGAAGCGGGCCACCAAGGAGCCCAAAGCUCCAGUCCAGAAAGCUAAGUGUGAAGACAAAGAGACCCUGACCUGUGAGAAAUGUCCCAGGGUCUUCAAUACUCGCUGGUACCUGGAGAAGCACAUGAACGUAACUCACAGGCGCAUGCAGAUCUGUGAUAAAUGUGGCAAGAAGUUUGUCCUGGAAAGUGAGCUGUCCCUUCACCAGCAAACAGAUUGUGAAAAAAACAUUCAGUGCGUUUCCUGUAACAAAUCCUUCAAGAAACUCUGGUCCCUUCAUGAACAUAUCAAGAUUGUUCACGGAUAUGCAGAAAAAAAAUUUGCCUGUGAGAUUUGUGAGAAGAAGUUCUAUACCAUGGCUCAUGUUCGGAAACACAUGGUCGCACAUACAAAAGACAUGCCGUUUACAUGUGAAACCUGUGGAAAGUCUUUCAAGCGGAGCAUGUCACUCAAGGUGCACUCCUUGCAGCAUUCCGGAGAGAAACCUUUCAGAUGUGAGAACUGUGAUGAGAGGUUCCAGUACAAGUACCAGCUCCGCUCCCACAUGAGCAUCCACAUUGGACACAAGCAGUUCAUGUGCCAGUGGUGUGGCAAGGACUUCAACAUGAAGCAGUACUUCGAUGAACACAUGAAGACACACACUGGAGAGAAACCUUUUAUCUGUGAAAUCUGCGGCAAAAGCUUCACCAGUCGACCCAACAUGAAGAGGCACCGCCGAACUCACACAGGCGAGAAGCCUUACCCCUGUGAUGUGUGCGGCCAGCGGUUCCGCUUCUCCAACAUGCUGAAGGCUCACAAGGAGAAGUGCUUCCGAGUGACCAGCCCAGUGAACGUGCCACCAGCUGUCCAGAUCCCUCUGGCCUCAGCACCUGCCGCCCCCGCUCCUGCUCCAGCUGUGGCCAACACUCCCACGAGCCCAGCCCCUGCAGUCAGUAUGAACCCCGUGGGUGGCGCGCUUCCCACAAGGCCCGUCCCGCACCCUUUCUCGCACCUGCACAUCCACACACAUCCUCACCAUGCGCACCACCUUCCCAUCCCACCCGUGCCUCACCUGCCCCCACCUCCAGCCCUCUUCAAGAGUGAGCCCCUAAACCACAGAGGCCAGAGUGAUGACAACUUCCUGAGGCACCUGGCAGAGAAGAACAGCGCUGCCCAGGCUCAGCAUCAUUAGUGCCAGCCGGAGUGACAUCCCCACGGUGAGUUGGCAGAGGGGGUGCAUCCGUGCCUCUCUGCAGUCUCCUUGUCACCACCGCCUCCUUCAGGCCCUUUGCCGUUGUUCUGGCCUGGCCGACCAUCAGACUGACCGGAGACAGUGAGUGGGCAAGAAGACUGCCCUCGAAACCAGGGGAAGCACCAAACUAAAGCCCAAUUUGCUUGCAUUUUCUGAUGACUUUUAUAAAUUUCAGAUACUCAGACUGUGGGAUUUUAUAAUUUCAUAUCAGCGGAUGAGGUAUGCUUGCUUUCAUAUCCUGGUCUUCUCCUCAAAGAGGGGACAGGCCCGGUUUCCUUUAUACUAAUCGGGAAGGCUGUGAGAUUAAUCCGGAGCAUUAACUGUUAUCACUGUGUAUUGUAAUGAAUUCUUUUCAGCUUUUGGUGCUGGCUGCGGUCGAGCUGGCCACGUUUCACACAAUAUCAAGCAUUAUAGAGAAGAUGGGAAUUUUCUUCUUUGUGUAGCUCUUUUAACACACUCUUUAUUUUACUACAGAAAUUAUUUUAGAGUUUUUGUAUAGACUUUAGUAGUCUGUUUCUAAAAUGAAAUGUAUUUCAAUAAGCUGUGUAAUUUUUUCAGUGUAGCUAAACCCAUGUUGUAAAAUAGAUAAAUUUUUUAUAAUCAUCAAAAUGUGAUUCUUAAAGAUGCAUAUAACUUCUAUUUCAAAUUUAUUCUUACAUCCCUACAACUCAAAGGUGCUUCUGAGACUGGGUGAGGGUCACCAGACCAGGUUACUACAAAAGCAAGAUCCAUAAGUACUUAGUAACUUGAAAACCUUUGCUGGGCAUUCGGUCCAUCAGGCUCACUGACAUGCUCCUCUGUGGAGUCGGUGAGGUGGUGCGCUGGAAGAGGGUCCCCCAAAGCUUGCCUGGUUUGAAAAUGUGAGUAACAUUGUGAAUAGCUUCAGAAGGAAGUGACAGAGGUUCCCUUUGAUCACACCUGUCUCUCACUUCUCUUAGGAACUGUGUCAUGCUCAGCUGACUCAGAGAUAAAUUGGAAUCUCUUAUUUUGAGGUUGCUGUGUUUUCCAAGAGUUGUUAGGAGAAGCUAAAAUGGCGAACUGAAAUCACAAACGUAGUUGCUGAUAGUGGCUGAGAAAUGUGGGUGAGAAGACAAAUUGGCUUUUUACGUUUUAAAAUGUGUGCAUUCUCUAAAGUGUAGGUGUCCAGAACUGACUGCAUCUGCCAUUUAAACUGUAGUGAGAGGGAACCCCCAAGUACUGCUGGCCAUCUUUUGCAGAUAGGUGUGGUAGCAGCAUCCUAGAUGAGGAAGGAGCCACACCCCUGCCUCUGCCUCUGGGCAACUCACUCGGUCAAGAUUUGGGGAACUUCUGGAGUAUUGCCUCCCCGGAAUGUGUUAUACGGAAGGUUAAAGAGAAGGGGCUGACAUAGUGGUUUCAGUUAGCUGGCAAGUAUGGGCAGCAGAUCUACACAUUUUAUACUUCUUUACCUUAGGCUGAGUUCCUCUUCUCUCCUUUUUACAAAAUCUCAGAAUUCCCUCAUCUCUUUUUCCCCAGGCUCUUAAAUCAGAAUCUUAGCUGUUAUUUAUUUACCUUUGGUAUUAAAUGUGCAGAUAUGUGUCAUGUACUUUUUUCUAGCCACUUAACUCUGCAGUAGGGACACAUGGACUCUGGAUUGAGGUUAGGUUCCUGCUUUUUAAGUAUCACACUCUACAUUAGUUUUUUGGUUUAGUAUUUCUAGAUUUACUCCAGUUUUACCAUUGUCUUCUGUCAUUCGUAGGAAAAAUUGUGUGCUGAGACAGAAAAGUAUCUCAGGACACAUACUUCCUCCAGUUCAAGGUAUAAAUUUGAAUUAAUGGUAGUUGUAAUAUUUGCAUACAUUCUUGCAGCCCCCAUAUGCCCAAGCCAAAUAAGGAACCCAGUUCCUUGUUUCUGACUGCUGUGGCUUUAGAGGCUCUCUAUUCACCUCCACCCCUGCCUUUGCAUCCCACUGGCAGUCUGCAAAUCUACACUUUAUGCAGACAUACCAAUAUUUCAUGGUUGAACCUAUAAUAUUAAAAUAUUUUUGUCAAAAAGGUAUAAACUGUAGCUUAGUUAAUUGGUUAUAUCUUAUUUUGUACUAAUAAUUUUACAAUAUUGGGCAGAGAUUCUGAAUUCUAGACUUAAGGAUGUUGAAUCAACCAUUUUGUGGUUAUACUACGAAUACCUCCUGAAAAAUUCAGGUAGUCAGUUCUGAUUUUUUUAUUCAAAUAACUAUAGCCAUAAGAAACUGUCUGUUACAUAGAGAAUCCAGUAGUAGCUCAAUAACCACCACUAUCCUUAACAGAAGCAGGAAAAAAGGAAUUUUUAAAAAUGAAUUAGCACUGUUGCACUGUGUAAUUCUUACUGAAAUAUAUUGUGGAACAAUCUAGAAAUGCCAUUUUUUUCCUGGAUAUCUUCCCUACUUGGAAUUUGUAGGAACCCUGCUCUAAAAAAGUGACUCUCCUCAGUGUCACGUGUGAAUAAUGAUCAUAUGCAUAACGAACCCACACAGAGACACUUCUUAGUGCAGGGCCACAGGGUUGAGCCUUAAACGUGCGGGUGCAUUGGCUUAACGUGCUCAAGACUCAACUCAGGGUUGAAAUGUGCUGUGCUUGAGGUCCACUACUAAGAUAAAAGUUGUGUUGUGUGGUGUGUUCUCUCACGUGUACUCAGUACCCCACGAGGUUCUGCAGAACUUGUCCAGUUCUUGUUAUCUGUUAUAAAAAAAAAAAAAAAAAAAAAAAAAAGCCGGGGGAGUUUAAGUUCUAGGUCCAGAUCUAUACUUUGGUCUUGUAGAGACAUAGGCCACAUUUCAGAAUAACAGAUAUUAAAAUGAGGCUUUCUUGUUGUCAUUUUGUACUAUCUUCAAAGUCCUAUAUCAUCACAAGGAUUCCUUUAUUUUCAAAUGGUUUUUAUUGUUGCAAGAUUAUUUACUUAUAUGUAGACCAGACUAGCGUCAAACUCACAGCCUGUGGAGUGAACCACAACAGCAAAUACCCAACAUCUUUUAGUUGUCUUUUUUUUUUUUUUUUUUUUUCUUUCUUUCUUUUUGAGAAAUGGUCUCACUAAAUACCUGAGCUGGCCUUGAGCUCCCUAUGUGGAUCAUGGCAGCCUCAGACCAGUGACUCCCCUCAGCCUCCCAAAUGCUGGGAUUACGGAUGCCUACUUCAUCCUGCCUGGCUUCCACAAGGAUGCUUUUGAGUUGGCAUUACAUUUUUAGAGGUUGGGUUGUGCAUCUUUUGUCCUUUUCUCAUAGAUUUAUUAUUUGGAUACAAACUUUUUUAGCCUAAUGAAAGGCUGCUGCUCUCAAAUUGAAUCAGGUAGGCUCAUACUGGGUUAGAUUUUAAAACUGAAUGAAAAGAAGAUGAACCAUUUAAAGGCAUGUGGCUUCAUUUUUCUAUGUAUUAUUUUUUUUAACUUGAUUCUUAUUUUUAGCAAAUGGGGAAGUCUCCACAUAAAACUUUAAUAAAGUUCAAAGAAACCUUUGAAUAUCAUUUCCAUGUACUGUCUUAGUAACCUUCUGACCAGUCCUUCAGCAUGGGCCCUUUCUGGAGUUGCCUUGUCUAAGAACUUUGUCUGCUGAAAUUGUCUUUCUGAGCUUGACCCCCUCCUGCCACUACUAACCAGAGGCAAACUCUCUUUAAAGCUUUGAAUUUUUAACUUCUUGAGUUUUUUUCAGUUUUUAUUAUUGUUGAAUGGAUAUGUGUUUAGUUUUAUUUUUAUCUGACUGGAAAUCGUAAGACUAUAAAGUAGAGAACUCCAUUGCAGGGUGAGAGUGAGUGAGUGAGUGAGUGAGUGAGUGAGUGAGUAAUAAAUCCACAUACAUACACAUAUAUAUGGUAUAUAUGUGUGCAAACAUUUAUAUGUACAUAUAUGUACAUGCAGAUUUUGGUUAGGAAAACACACUGUGGUAGGUGAGUUUUUGUGUUAAAGAGAAAAACUAAAACUUGCAUUAAAAGAACCUGUUUUAGUUAAAGGAACCCUCUGUUUAAGCUACUGUAUGGAAAUGCCACUUUUGUUACUUUGAAUGGUCCCCAUGAUAGGGAUUUUGAUGCUGUUCCAAACUGUACGUGGAACACUUCAUGGAAGGAGAGUAUGUUAGAUCUAACCAUUUUAUCAACUUAAAAAAAAAAAAAUCAGCUGUGAUUCUUAAACCUCUAAGCUGAGCAAGGAAUUAUCAGGUUUUAAGUUGUUUUCUUAAACUAAGUUAGAAAAUUUCUCCAAAGUUCUGUCUCUCCAUCCUUUUUCCUCUGGUCAUUAGCCAUUAGGAAUAGUGGCAUUGUUAUGCAAUAACAACUCACUAGCUAGUCUGCUUCUGUCAUCUGUAGCAUUCAUGAGAAGUGAUGCUGACCUUCCAACCCUGGAACUACCUCGAUAAAGCAACCCAGAGAUCCUCGCAUACACUUUCUAUGGAAGCCAUAAAUGCUGUCAAUAUGUCCACCUUCGCAGUCUAUACUUUUAUACUUGAUAGACUUUUUUUUUAUAGAAUUAUAAUCAGACCUUUUCAUCUUGGACAAAAGCUUUUUCAGGACUCCAAGGAAAAUCAAAUUCCCUAAAUGUCCCAACUUUGAAGCUCUAGCUUCAGUAAAUUUGUUUAAAGAACUAGAUGCCAUGUCAUUCAAAAACAAAACAUAUGUUUAAAUCAAAACUACUUUGCAGACCUACAUACCUACAUAUUCUGAAAAAAAAAAAAAAAAUUCCUUUUUCUUGUUCCCUAAGUCAAGGCCGUGUUGUGUGAUAAAGUGGGUCUUCCCACCCCAUUAACUCAGUGUUCCUGGUUGAUUCUUGCAUAGUGACAGUUUUCCUAGAGUUGUUUCUAUUCCUGUAGCACAGGCGUGAGUAGUACCUAUUUGUCUGAUUGAUCGAUCCCUCUGCUGUUGUGUGCAGCUUUAGUCUCCAUCACUCUGCUCUCGAGUGCCUUCAAAAAGCCCAUGUCCUGGAACCUUCUUUCCCUGGUCUAGAUCCUACCUCUGAUUGUUUCAUUCUCCAUGAGUGUUGGAAUUCACUCCUAUUCCAAAGGGCUUAACUACAAACUUGCUGAAACCUGGCAGAGGAUUGUAAACACAGUUGUGCUCUCUUCCCCCAUGUCACUGCUGAGUUACCCUUGUAGCUCCUCUUUAUAUCUUACUGCCCGAGUACGACACUUCUAGUUCUUGUCCUUUGCCCUCUUUCUAUCCUCUCACUACACGCAGGCUGGGCGUCAGCCAGUGUGUUCCUGGGCCAUCUUUUUCUCAUCUGCAGUCUUCCUGGAUGCCUAACCUCUGGAAUUAAAGGAAUACUGAAUGCUGCUGUUGCUACACAUUCUCUCUCUCAUAAAUGUUACAGGGUUCCUCCUGUGAUCUUAGUUUAGUCAUAGGAAUUUUAAAGUGCCCGGGGUUUAACAAGAGUCCUUUAUUGAUUUUGUUUUGUUUUGUUUGGAUCGGCUGCUCAUCCAGCCACCUGUCCCCUCGCAAACCCCAGUUUAUUUGCUUUUCUAGUUGUCCUCUUAUAAGUCAUUUAAAAAGUGUAAUUGGUGUAUAAUAUAUGAAAGAUGUAAUAAAAAGGAAGCUGAAGUGUG